GCCUUUGUGGUGAGCCUCGCCUUCGCCGACUUGAUGGUAGCAUUCUACCCCUAUCCUCUGGUGUUAUAUGCCAUCUUCCAUGAUGGCUGGUCUUUGGGAGAGACCCAGUGCAAGAUAAGUGGCUUCCUGAUGGGUUUGAGCGUCAUUGGCUCCAUCUUCAACAUCACAGGCAUCGCCGUCAACCGCUACUGUUACAUCUGCCACAACUUCAGCUAUGACAAGUUGUACAGCAACCGGAACACACUGCUGCUUGUGGCACUCAUCUGGUUCUUAACACUUAUGGCGAUUGUGCCAAAUCUGUUUUUUGGCUCCCUGCAGUAUGACCCCCGUGUCUACUCAUGCACAUUUGCACAGACUGUCAGCACAUCCUAUACCAUCACAGUAGUGGUCAUCCAUUUCUUUGUGCCCAUUUCCGUGGUCACUUUCUGCUACAUGCGGAUAUGGAUCUUGGUCAUUCAGGUAAGGCGCAAGGCGAAAUCUGAGGUACGUCCUCGCAUCAAGCCCAGCGACUUGAGGAACUUUAUCACCAUGUUUGUCGUCUUUGUGCUCUUUGCGAUUUGUUGGGCACCGCUCAACUUCAUUGGGCUUGCUGUGGCCAUUAACCCGGAAGAAGUCGCACCUCGCGUCCCGGAGUGGCUCUUUGUUGUCAGCUAUUUUAUGGCUUACUUCAACAGUUGCCUUAAUGCCAUCAUCUAUGGCCUACUGAACCAGAACUUCCGCAGGGAGUACAAACGUAUUGUCAUGUCUGUGUGGUGGCCACACCUCUUCUUCCAAGAAACAUCAAGAGGAGGGACUGAGGGCUUCAGGAGCAAACCAUCACCAGGACUCAAUAACAAUGACCAAGUAAAAGGAGAAACUCUGUGACGCAGUUUGUCUCUACUGUGCCCAAAGCCUCAACAAGCACUUGAAACAAAAUGGCAGAGUGAGCAACAGUAAAAAAAAGGAUUAAAUAAAGAAAAAAAGACAAAAUAUCCAAAAUUAUGAGUGCCAUUCUUCACACGUAAAGCUCAUCAAUUUAACUUUUUACUGAUUUCAUGGGGCCCAAUUGAAAAUGAAAAGACCGCAUGGAAAAAUUUUUGAAAUGCCCGAAACAAAAAUUAUUGCAACUGCUGGUCUAUUUAACAUUGCAAUGUGGAAUUUCUGAAUGAAGCCAGGGGUGACUUAGGCUAUGUUCAUACUGCAGGGCGUGAUGCCCAAUUCAGAUUUUUUAAUUAAAUCCGAUUUGUUUAUGUUCUUGUUCAUAUCACAGAAACAAAUAUGACCUCUGAUGUGAGCGGAACGCGUCAGUGAUGUUGCACCAAACGUGGCAUGGUGUUAUCGGAAGUAAAUAUUGUUCCACAUGUAGGGGCUCAUUUUGCUGUCUCAUAUCGACAGAGUGGAAAUAUUUUAGACAUGAGGACGAGGGGAGGGUCCUUGAUCAGCUCAUUUCACUGAGACAUUCCACUAAAGAUGGCGCCAGGUCAUUGCCGCGUGUAAAUAAACCGUCUCUGUGGAUGAAAUAUUGUAUUACUUUCACCACAAAUGUCAAUUGUAUGCUUCCUUUUUCAAAUUGGGAUUAAAUUGCAUACGUAUCAGAUAUAUAUCCACAUACAAAAAGAGCCCCAGAUCGGAUUUGAAAAAAAAAAAACUCAAAAAUCUGCAGCUGCAACGUGAACAUACAGUAGCUUUUGAGCUAGUCACAAGAAGGAGUCAUGCCACAUCACUUUUGACAAAAUUCCUUUCAAUGCUGCAUUUCCUUGCCGUUGGGUCAUUUCAGCACACAGUGAUGAUUGGUGCUGCUGCAUUUUUUCAGGCAUCCUGUCUCAAGUUUCAUACAGAAUGUUAGGCAGGAUGGACAUCCACAUCAGAAAACUAAAUUGAUGAGCUUUUAAUGUACAAAAUGUUUAAAUGUUCUUGUGCACACUCAGGGUGCCUGUGUGAUUUUGGCAAUAUAUAUUUUAAAACAAUGGCACCAAGAUACUGUUGUAGACUUUUACAAAAUUCGGUGACAAUUUAUGACACACAGUAGGUUCUCUGUCUUUUCAUUUGUAAUAUCAUAUUAGUAAUGUACCACUGUGCAAGGUGUUUGGUGACACCAACUGUUUUUACAGAUAUAUUGUAUAUCAAAUUAUUAUCACAUUUUUCCUUGUGGCUUUA